CACCAGUGAAGAGGAAGGAGUAGUUCCUGCGUCGAAAGAAGUAGAUCAUGCGCAGGAACAACACACCGCGACUGUACGAACAGCUGAGAUAACGGCUGUGCAGCAAGUAGAGCCCCCGCAAGCCAUGGAAGUUGACAGUGUUACGCCUGCCGGCCGAGCGUCUGGUGCGGACGUAGUUCCUCCACCACAAGACGCGGCUGCCAUUUCCGAUAUCAAACAGCCAUCCCGCACUUCUGCAUUUUCCACGCCCUCCGCCCCAUCCCUUGAGGACAUCGAGGACGAGAAAACGAAAAGAGCCAUGACGGCGCUGCUGACACAAGUUCAGUACGUGCGAAAGUCAAUGGUCGAGCGGCUGGUGCUGCUCCGCGCCCGCAUGCGCCGUAUCGACGAAGCCGCGAAAGACGUGCACCAGCUUGCUGCCGAGAGCGGAACGGGGAUGUUUGCGGAAAUGGGGCUACUAGCCGGCGCGGGUGGGGGAGGAGCCGCGGCUUCGAAGCAAGACAAGCAAGACAACGGAAAUAGUAACCCUUCCGCAGGCGCUGGAAGUAAAAGCCAGAAGCAGAAACCAAAGCACAUACCCUCAGUUGGACACCAGCAGUCGCAGCAAUCCAAGCGGCGGACCCUUUCCGACGAAAUUUUAGAUGCGGGGCAGGAUGUGCGAAAGAAGAUUGUCGACGUGGAAGCAGCGUUGCAGGCUUUACUUCGUACUGGCAACAACAAACAGGCUGGCGGGAAGACCACCUUCCAAGACAUCGAAGCCACCACCGCGCACGCGAAGACCUUGCUCGCCGAACUGGGGAAGAAGUUGGUGAUUCCGGGGGAGGUGAAGGGGGAGAAAGAGAUGAAAACCUUCGUCGAUGCGUUAACAACAGCAGCAGCUGGCGCAUCUAAAGCGAAGGCAAAAGCAAAAGCGGAAAAUGGAGGAAAAGCGAAAGCAAAAGCCAAAGCUGGUGGGGGUGGUCCACCAUCCAUCUGGACCGUCUUGCAGGACCAUGUUCCGCUUUUGAAGGCCGAAAACCCCACUUGGGAGCUGCUGCAAGGCGGUACUAGUAGUACACCGUCUUACACGACGUUGGCCGCGUUGAGCAGCCCACAAGAGCAUUUGAUCCACCAGCAGGAACUUCUACCUCCGACGCCGCUGUCGUCUGCAGCAGCUGCGGCUAGUACCGACCCCGUUCUUGCGGGCGAAGCAGCUGCAGGAGCCCAACAGGCGGAGAACAUGAUCAAACCGCAGCAGAAAAAGAAGCCGAAGCUCUCCCCGCAGGAGCGCAAAGCGAUUGAGCUAAGGGAGAAGGAGGAGACGGACCGCAAAGCCUGGCGGGAUUUGUCCCGUUUGCUGGAAAAGAUUGUCCUGAAGAUCAUCUCCAAGCAUUUAGACCGCAUCGAGGACUUCGAGCUAUUGAAGAAUCUCAAGGAAGAAACGCAAAAACUCGUAAAACACGACCGGCUGUUUCUCGAUUUAUUACAGAAGAAGCGAACUACCACAUCAAAAGCGGCACCGGAAAAAAUAAAACUUGAGUUCUUGCAGGAGGAGUUUGAGGGGAGGAGCAAACUACUAGCUGAAACGAAACAGCUGCACGAAAAGGCCAAGUUGGAAUUCUUCGACCAACAACUGGACCCGCUCGCGGACCUCCACGAGCAAAUAUUCGCGGGCAUGGAGAAGAAGACGCAGGAGGGGGAGGGGAGUGUGGGCAACAGGUUUUUCUUCAUUUGGCGCACCAAAGUUCAGCUGGCGAAAAAGUGGGUGGAGGAGAUGGAAAACAACAUCGACUUCGUGCUGAAAGACCGGAACAUUGUGCUCGAAAUCAAGGAAUUACUCUCAAGUAGAGACAACGACAGCAGCUGGAGUGGAUCGGAUUUUGACCACAGUUCCGACACGUGUUCCACGGUGGAUUCCGUGGAAAUGAUGACCAUGCAGUUCGGACAGAUGUCCUUCGCGGCCGGCGGAGAUCAGCUGGUGUCGUGCGAGCCGGGAAAUAAAGCGACCGGAAGUUCUUGUUCUGCAGGCAAUAGCAAUGGAAAUGGAGGUGGUACUAUUGUUGACUCCGCGGCAGCAGCAGGUGGACAGGGAGGUACUACGAGUGGCAAAAAGAAAAAGCCAGGCGGUGGUGCUGGUGCCACUCCUGCGUCAACGUCUCAGCAGCUGCAAACAGGUGCUGCCCUCACACAGCAGUUGCUGCAGCAGAUUCCAGUGAUUACACUGGACCGCUUGAAAAAGACACUGCAGAUCGUGGAUGAAGCGCAGACUCGGUUGCGCAAGUUGAAGCAGCAGUUCCUGAUUCUAGACGACUUUUUCGGCGAGAUCGUGAAGAGCAAGGAGGGGAUCACGGAGAAGCUACGGGGGUUGGCGGAGAAGGCGCACCAGGAGCUAAAGCUACCGCUGAAGGAUUUGGAAAGGGGCGUGCAGGGCAAAGUGGAGGAGUUGGGCUCCAAAUUGAAAAGCUUGAACAUUUCAGUCGAGCUGCCUGGGACUAAUAUUACAACGAGGGAAGCUGCUGAUGUCCAGGAACAAUCAGCCCAACAAGCUGCUCAACAGGCUCAGCAAUCGAAGAAAAAGGACAAACAGCAACGACCGGCGCAACAAGCCGCUUCGUUGCAAGAAUCAUCUGUGAUGACGUCGCAGCAUCCUGCUCCUUCUGCGCAGCCAAAGACGAAGGGAAAGACAAAACAAAACACUGCAUUUUUGGCUCCGCGGAACGAUACAGCAACCUUAGCAGGGGCUUUUUAUCAUGAGCCAGCUCCUGUAGCAGAACCCUACAUUCCGGAAAUGAAGGAGUACCCUGAGCUAGGUGCUGCGGUCACGGCUUCUGUAGCACAGCCGGCCGGAACAAUUUUCGGUCGCCGGAAGAGCACGGCUAAAAGCUCGGAAAGUUCGCCGGCUGAUCCGGAAGGGAAUGAAGAGAGGCAGCCUGUGGAAUUGAACCUUCCAGCGGGGGUGACUGAGAAAAAGAAAAAGCAGAAGAAAAAAAAGAGUAAAGCUACAGACGAAGCUGUUACUGGCUCGCAGACGAAUGCAACAGUAGAAGUCCUCCCGGAGCAGCCGCCCGAGACUAUUCUAGCAGGACGUCUUGCCCAGCUCUCCCUUUCAGAUCCUGCAGCGGACAAAACAACGGGAAAAAUCGAAACGAUCAUUCCCGAUAAAAGUGCGUCUUCUGUUAGAGCCGACGAAGCAGGGCCAGAACAGCAACUUGCAGGAGAGCCUCAAGUAGUUCUGGCGACGAUGUCUGAUCAUGUUCCUAUUGUUUCAUCAUCAGUGCCAGCACAUUCUCCAAAGCCCCCGGCUGUAGUCAGGCCGAUAUUAACUACUCCCCAUCCACUGCCGAAAACCAAGUCCAAAACCCUUCUGCCGGAGCGAUUUUUGGCAACUCUUCUAAACGAGAAUCACCUGUCGGAAAAGCAACACCAGGAAAUCAAGACUGUGGUAAAGCAGAUGGAGCAGUUCCUUUUCGUCACUUUCGAUGAGAUGUUUGGCGAGGACAGCUCGGUGUUUCUACAAACCGAGGAGGACCGCGUAAAGCUUUCUCACACGCGCCUGCACUUCCGGAACACGAUGGAGUACAGGAAGCAGAUGGAGUAUCAGCUGCAGUUGUUAGAAAGCGAGAAGGAAAUGAACCUGCAGUCGUCUGUAACGAACAGCAACCCGUUUGUUCUUGGAGGUGCGGCUCGAGCAGGUGGAGCAAAUAAUGCAAAGCCGAAUCAACAAAGUCCGAGUGAAAUAAACCAGAGGGCCGCGGGGUCUGUUCUACUUCCCGUUGGCGCGCAAUCUACUUCUCCAGGACCACAUCAAGGCAUGUUACAACCCAGUAGCAGUGCAACAGCCCCGUUUGCGCUUUUCGAGGAUUUGCAGCCCAUUGACUACUUGGCGGCCGCGACGGAUCUGCGGUUGAAGCAACAACAGAUGCAACAAGCAGAGGCAGCCUCUGGAACUACAACACCGACCGGUGGUAAGAGAAGAAAGGGAAAGAGCAAAGCCACCGCCACUGGGCAGCAACAGCAGCAGCAGCUCAGUGUUGACACGAUAAACUUAGCUUCGCAAGCACACGAUUUUGCAGACCAAUCAGGAGAGAUGAUUCCCGUGAACAAGAUUCGCACCGAGAAAUGCACCUCGAGUCUGGAAUUAAGCAAAAAAGUCCUCGAUCAUUUGCCGCCGGAAAAGAUGAAAUACCUACACAUGCUGCUGAUUCGCGUGGCGCAGGGGCACUACGGGAUGAUGGACCAACAGCAGCACAACCCGUACAAUCCAAACGCACACCACCAGAAGUGGGCGGAGUUGUUCCUGUGGCUGAAAAGUUUGAACAUUCUGUACAUCGAGGAAUUUCUGCUCCUAGUGCAGCGGCAGGAGUUAAAACUCACCAAGGAGCUGUAUUCCUCCUACCAGAAGCACUUUCUGCUCUUGCCGAAAGGCAGCGUCGCGCAGGAAACCGUGGUCGCGAAGCAUUUUGACUUGGAUCUCACCCUCUAUCUGAACGAUAACCGGGGCGCACUGGUGCACAUUUGGCGAAAAAUUUACACCGCGAUGAAGCACUGGGACCGGGUCGUUUUGGAUGUGACAAAAUCCGAAAGAUUUGAGGAGGCCUUUCAGUCCGUGACGUCCUUCCGCUUCCUGCACGAAUCCCAGUCGCCGUCGAGCUUCACGAUCGACAUGUCCCUCGUGUCGGUACACGAGCUGGUCUUGGAGAACAGCAGUAGUAACGAUCAUGAUAAAAUAGGAAUGCGCAGUAAAUGUAAAAUAAGUGGCACUUCUUCUACUCCUACAACAGCUACACCCUUGAUAGCGCCAGAAGCUUACUUCCCCUUGUACCCGCAACUCGCGCUCGCGAUGCAAAAGCCGGGCGAUGGCACCACCCAAAUAUUGAACCCGUUGCAGCAGGCGGUCGAAGGACAUCGGAAAGUCGCGGACCGGGACGUGUUACUGAAGGGAUUGCUGAAAAAGCUCCGCCCGAACGUCCAGCAGACGAUCAUCUUGGCAAAGAGGUGGUACAAGGAGCGCAUUGCGGUGCUGGGGGACAGCACGACCGGACUGAAUUCGAUUUCUAUCGCGUUUUUGGUCCUGUACACACUGGAGAAAUUGUGGGAAGCCGGGAAAAUCGACCACAGGCUCGUUUUGCCAGAACAGCCAAAAGCGGCCGCUGCGGCGGGAGUAGAGUUCUCGCCGGUAAAAAUUCCCAAAGUCGAUUCCGGGUUUGUUAUCGGCGUGCUAUUCUACGAGUUCCUGGGCGUGUUAGCAAAGCAGUUUGAGCUGUUCACCAUCGAGGGCAUGAGGCUGAAAUUGAGACUCAAGGUGUUUAGAAGUGGUACAACAAGAACAUCUGACGGCCCAGAGGCAGGAAAUUUUGGGGAGGCGGCGGCGGAAGGUACUUUUACCAAGCAUCAACUUCCCUACACCUUCGACGUGAAACAAGUGGAGAAGAUCCAGAAGAACCCAGCGUUGCAAAAUCGCGACGCCAACCAAGCGCCGUUCUUCCUGAUCGAUCCGGAUUCCAUCAACAAGCCGGAAGACCACCAGCACACGCUGCAACUUUCCGAUCAAUUUUACAACACCGCGACCGCGGAAAUCGGCACGGUGGCGAAGAUUACGACCGUCGGGAACCAACACCCACCCUACGUCGCGGAAACGGAUUACGUGCAGAAAGUCCAGGUCGCGUAUACUAGCAGUAGUGCAAGAACGACUGGAACAAGUGGAACCGCUGGAGCGCCUCCUGCUCCCCCAACGACGAGGAUGCAGGACCAUGACAUCGAGGAAUUGACGACGUCUCGACUAUUCCAAGUGAAGCAGGGCAUUCCUAUAAGCGGCGAAGCAAACAACGUAGGAGUAGGACAUCAAUCCACCGGGCUGCCGCUGUUUGUCGUGGUCACAAGCAGCAGUAUGCAGGAUCAUCACACUUCUCUCACAAUGGAUCAUAUUCACCCAGGGGAUGGAAUCUCGACGACUUCUGUCGCGGGCAUGCUGGGCCUCGGGUCGGUGCUGCAAGUGUUCAGCCUGACGCGCGGAGAGGAGCUACACACGGAUAUUCUGCCGUUUCCCGAUGCUGUCAAGGUGCGGGUGGUCGAGGCAGUGGUGCCCGACGAAGCUGGUACUGGUGUAAUGGGCACUGCUACAAUAGACGACGGUAGUGCUCAUGGUGCUUUUUAUCAGGGCGGGACCACUUUUGAAAAUGCAGCUGCGCCUGCCGGGUGGGCGGCCUGGCCGGCAGCGACUGCUGCGCACGAGCAAGCAACAACGACGACGACCCAUCAUGCCUUGAACCCUGCCGCCGCGGAAUUUCAGCCAGGCCAAGCGAUUUACCAGCAUCCACAGCAAGAAGCGGAAUUACUCGCACCUCAGCCAAAGAUGCUCAAUGACCAGCUGUACGGGGUGGUUGGCUGGGUCGCGAGAACUGCGUUGGAAAAGUUUGUAAAAGAAAAGGAAGUAGAUGACCAAGAUCACUUCCUCGCCGGAACAGCAGGCAGUGCCUCCUCUGCGUCUCUGCACUACCUGCAGCAGCAACGUGGACGGAAUCUGGUCCGGGCGAAAUUCGAUUUUGCUAAAUUCAGACAGAUGUAUUUGCACGCGAUGACAACCCGGGGGAACAUCCUAGAAUUCUUCGCCACACAGUCCGGCCGCGUCGACGUCGUGGCUGAUGAAGCUGCUGUGCCCCCACAACCUUCUCAGGGCGACUUGACAGCGUCACAGAUUCUUGAGAACCAACAACAAGCCUUCUACCACUCUAUCGAGCUGGCGUUGGAACUCUCGCCGCCUUACUUGCACAAAGAGGACGUUGCGGAGCUGUCAGACUUCAAAGAAUUCCAGGGUCUAAACGAACGACUGGGCGGGAAGUUGCUGAAAAAGUGGUCGGAAUACGGAAAAGGGAUUCACGUGAAUCCCGUUUUGUUGCUAAGAGAGGACUUGAAGAAGAUGGAGUUGAACGAGCAGCAAACUGGAGGACAGCAUCAAGCUUUACCUGCACCCGCAGCUUAUGGAGCCCCUGUUCCUCAUGAUAGUGCAGAAGGAGUGCAACAACGAGAUGCUACCGGUUCUGUAUUGACUUCCAAUCGUCCUGGCGACGAGGAAUUAUACAGUGAAAACGACGAAGAACUCGAUCUCACCGAAGGGGUGGACCACGCAGCAGAAACAGCAGAAGCAAUCGAAGCACGAGAAAUCGCGGAAGGGUUUGAGGCGAAACUCAAAGCCAUUCUGAACCCACCUGCUUUGCCGCAUGGAGGAGUGUUGAGACUCAACCGAGAAAUGACGUUAAACAACCCGAGAUGGCGUUUCUGGACGCAAUUGGCAAAGGAAGAAAAAAGCCGUGUGGAAUUUGUCAAAAGCUGUAAGAGAGACUACGGGCGGAAUUUUUAUCCAGAAGUAGUCGAUGAUGGAUUUCAGGCAGCUGAAGACAAUCCUUUCUGCGACGACGACGGAUCAGAGGUGGAAAUUGCACAGCAUGAUCAGCUUGUCACGCCGUCCUGGGGGUUCCGCCUUCACUUGUUGUCCCAGAGUUUGAUUCAAAGCGAAGAGGGAGUGAGGGGCAGCUGCCACCCCGAUAGUUCGACGGAGAUGGCGCUGUUGCGUUGCUAG